GCCGAAUGUGUGUUGGACCAGAUCCUGUGGAGGCAAUCAGACCCGCAGCAGAGUUCCGGAUGCGCUUCUGAUUUUAUGUGCGCAUGCAUGCGUCCGUUCGUCUUUCAACGCCUUUGUGUCGCCUGCUAUUACAAACUACCGCCUGUUUUCACUGUCCGCAUAACACAACACAAUCCUCGUUCCAAGAGCAUUUGGCACGCCGUUACCUUUCGUCAGUUUGACCUGAUUGAUAACCUUUUCAAGCAUAUUCGACGUGUCUACACCAUUGUUUAG